UUCCACAAACGUCAUGUGAAUCACAAGAUAAAUACUUCGAAGGGAAGAUUAUUGAAUUGCAUUUUUGAAUUUAUUUUGUUAUUAUUUGUUGUGUAUCACCACGAGAAGAAGUAUUCACUUCAGAUUGUAUCGAGAUGUGAAUAAUCUAUUAGUUUGCUCAAUCUACUCUUAUUUAUGGUUUCAUGCGGUUUCAAAUAUGGAAAAAAGUUAAUGAUGAUUUAAAUGAAUAAAACCAAUAUUAAAUAAUUAUAAUACGAAUUAGUGUGAUCAAAACUUGAACAUGGAGACAUCCAAAUCUAUAGUUGACUGGACGGUGGAAGACACUGCAGUAUGGCUAGGAAAAGAAGGUUUUGAUAAAGAAGUUAUAUACAAUCUUUGUGAUACAAACAGGAUAAAUGGAAAAUGUUUAUUAGCUAUAAAUGAAGCAGAUUUCACCCAAGAACCUUUGAAUAAAUUGCCAUUGAGGGAUAGAAAAUGUUUAUAUAUCUCUUGUAGAGCUCUUCAGAAAGAAAACCAAAGUUUAUUACUACAUCUAGGACUUCUGGACCAUCAUAAUUCUAGUUAUAUUACUCAUAAUCAUCACCAAAGAAAUGAGUAUACUGAAUAUAUAGAUUAUGAACGUAUAUCACCUCCAGUAUCAGAGGAUGGUAGAAUGCAAAAAUUAAAACCAGAAAAAAUAAAGGCAUUAAUUGCCUUUCUGUAUUUGGUUGUUGUUACUUGGAUAACAGCUUUUGUGAUGGUCAUUGUUCAUGAAAGAGUACCUGAUAUGCAAAAAUAUCCACCACUUCCAGAUAUAUUUUUAGACAAUGUACCUCAUAUACCAUGGGCUUUUGAUAUGUGUGAAGUUACAGGUACAUUUUUAUUCACAAUGUGGGUAUUUGUAUUGUUCUUCCAUAAACAUAGAUUCAUACUCAUGAGGAGAUUUUUUGCUCUAUCCGGAACUGUAUUUUUAUUACGGUGUGUUACCAUGCUCAUCACUUCAUUGAGCGUUCCUGGUGCUCAUCUUCAGUGUACACCUCAACCACUGACUAGCCAAGAUCUUGCUUCCAAAUUGUCAAGAGCGUACUUCAUUUGGCGAGGGGCUGGAAUGUCAAUUCAGGGAGUCAGAACAUGUGGCGACUACAUGUUUAGUGGCCAUACUGUUGCAUUGACUAUGAUGAAUUUUUUCAUUACGGAAUAUACUCCUCGGCCAAUUUACUACGUUCAUACAAUAUCCUGGAUGUUGAAUAUGUUCGGUAUUUUCUUCAUUCUUGCUGCUCAUGAACAUUACUCUAUCGAUGUGUUUGUUGCUUUUUACAUAACAAGCAGACUCUUCCUAUACUAUCAUACUCUCUCAAAUAAUCAAGCUUUGAUGCAAAGAGAUUCCAACAGAACCAAAGUUUGGUUUCCUCUAUUCUCGUAUUUUGAAAGUGGAGUUGAAACCAUCAUACCAAAUGAGUAUGAAACCCUUCGUGAUAUAGGUAAGAAUUUGUGGAAUUUCUGCAAAGAUUCUUGCAACAUUGUUAAGGACAAGAUAAUACCAGUAAAAGAAACUGCUAAAAGAUCCUUAACAAAUGUUAAUCACCAUUCACUAGUACAGAGAAUGGGUAGCUGUACAUCUUCAGGUAAUUUAAGUAACAAAGUUGAUUAAAUCAUAUUUUUGAAUAUAUGUAUUUCAAAUACAAUUAGAAGAGCCGAUAUUGUUUCUUUAUUGUUAAUUAUUUUCUUGUUAAAUUUUAUAAUAUGCAAUACUGGCAUCAUUUCUAUUUGUGAUUUUCCAUAUAUGUUAUUUAUUUUCACCUCACCAUGUUAUACCUAUCAAUUUCCUUUAGUGAUUUUUGUGCAGUAUUACUUAUUAUAAUAAGAUGGCAGGUUGUAUUCUUCAAUCUACCCUUUGAAGUUUCAAAUUGCUCUCUGCACUUUUUCCCUCAAUUAUUCCAUUAACUUUAAAGAUUCUUAACAUAUUUUAUGGAAAAUUAGGAUUUGGGAAUUCCCGAUGAUGCUUAUGUUAUUGUUGAUAAAACAACUCAAGUUAACAAUGAAUUGUUUGAAAAAUUUUAGUUUGCCGCUAUAUGGAGAAAAGAAAUUUGAUUUUUUUGAUAAUUUGGUUGGAUUCUAACUUGGGAGAACUCUCAAAACUACAAAAAAUGAUCAAAAAUUUUAAAUUCUCACUCACUUCAUUGUUAACAGUGGAGGAAUAGAUAUUUAUUUAAUCUUCAUCAAGUGUACUUUACCGAGGCUGGUAAAUUGAAGAAUACACUCAUUCCACAAUUUAAAUUUCUCAUUAUAAUUCUAUAGAUCUAUUGCAUAAUCACAGGAACUAUGGUGAGAAAUAGUUGUAUUUUAUCUUGUUCUUAUAUUAGACAGACCAAAAAUUUUUCUUUUCGUUUGAACCUUCUUACAAUAAUGUUUUGUAAAUUAAGGCUGAGGAAUAUAAUUUAUUGAAUGUAAAUAUUUCCUGAUGUAAUAUUUGCACACAAAAUUUAUCUAUAAAAAUUAACAUCAUAGAUGUUGAUAUAAAUUAAAGAAUUUUUACUGUUUGCA